GCCCUCUUGCAAAGAUGUCAAUCGCAGAUGGAUUAAUUUGUGCCGUGUUCCCUCGAGGUUGUGUGUCUGAUGGCGUGGAUGUUUCGUUUCCGUGAUUCGGGAGUGCUGUUAAUUCGAGUCAUUGCCAAGUUACAAAACCUAGAUCUACGGGUCAAUAUUGCUGGGAAUGAAGAUAGCUAAUGAAUCGCUCGAUAAAAUGAGAAAUUAAGCAUCGCAAUGCAUUUUUUCCCAUCAAAAUUUUUCGUAAAACACGGUGAACAGUGUAGGGAAUUUCUAUGAUAUGAAAAAUAAUUUAGAGCAAUAAGUUUUCACUGAGGGAAACGAUAUGCAUUCUAUGAACGUCGGUGAAUGACCUCAAUUUUUGACGAGUUUUUUGAGGACGAUAUCUCGCUCAAAAAACAUGAACUUUAUCUAAAGCAACGAAGAAUUUGGCGAUAAGGCGCUGGAAGGAUGUCAACGUUUACUCUCCUUUAAUCCUGAUUUCUUCUGCCUACUGCGUUGAAGACAGUCCGUUAGCGCCUGCGAUUUAUAAUAGGUUUAUUUAAAAUUCCUCUUGAAAAAGAAAAUUAAAUACUAAUAAUCCAGAAAUGUUAAUUAUUGUGAUAGUAACUUGGUCAAUGCAUUUUCUGUUUCACUGAAACAUACGUUCACGCAGAAUAAGAAAUUCUUCUGUUUGCGAAGUGUCGUGCCGUGCCGCUCUAUACGGGCUAUCCCGAGUGAAACCGCAAUCUUGAAUCUCAUAUCGGAGUCAAUGACACCGGGUAAAGAAUGUGUGUUCUUAUUUAAAACAGUUUAUGGAUAAGUGUUUUCGUGGAACGAGCCCUCUGAUCAUACAAAGUGUUCGUUUCCCAAAGAAAAUCAAGGAUUUGAUCUUGAUCCAAAGGUAUAAAUGCGGCCAACGACCGAUGUUGCGGCAAAGAAAGUUCUGCUCAAGGAGGGUCAUCGGCCGGCCUCGUCGUCGACGGCGCAGAUGACCAGGCGAUGGUUCAGUCACUGGUGGAGGAAGAAAUGGCUCCUCCUUGUCUGCCUAGGCUGCUUCCUUAUUUAUCUCAGCCUUGCCAGUUUCCGGGGUCCACGGCAAACGAAAAUCGUUCCAGGUAAUAGCAACAUACAUCGCAAUAUGCUGGAAUUUCUAGCUGAGAAAAACAAGAACAUAGUUACCAACCGCGUUACAUUCGUAACCAGUCACCCGCAUCUAACGAAUAAACCAUCAACUUACGAGCCGCCCUUUACAACAAUACCUGAAACGCAAUCUUCUCAUCAGGUUGAAGCGAGUUCCACGGUAAAUCCUUUAGUGACCACUGAAACAUCACUAGAAACCAACACCAAUUUCAAUUCUAUCCUCAGUAUCAUCUCUAGACUCGCGAGUGGCAAGCAACUGAGUGCAAAAACAACAUAUCCUGCGUUGAAAAGGCCGUCCGUUUCGCAAAUUUUACCUCAUGUCAAGGACGAUUCCAGCCUCGUUCCGGCUUAUCUAUCUUCGAAGGGAAGAACCGGGGUGGAACUUGUUUUGGGCAUUCCCACCGUCAAGCGGCCGAAGCAAAACUACUUGAGGGUGACUCUGAAACGUUUGUUAGGAACCAUGAGUCCCGCAGAAAAAAACCGAACUUUGAUAGUCAUUUUAAUAGCUGAGGUGGAUAAGCGCUUCGUUUCGAGAAUCGUUGGUGACAUUCACACUACGUUUUCAGGAGACGUGGAGUCGGGUCUCAUCGACAUCGUCUCCCCGCCGGGGUCCUUCUACCCGGACUUCGCGGCGCUUCCCCGGGCCACCGGGAUCGGUGACGACCUGCAGCGCUUCACGUGGCGCUCCAAGCAGAACCUCGACUACGGCUUCCUCAUGAUGUUCGCCCUCGACCGCGGGCGCUACUACAUGCAGCUCGAGGACGAUGUCCUCUCCAAGAAUGGCUUCGUCUCAACGGUUCUCCAAUUCGCCGCCGAGAAGACGCGCACCAAUCCGGAAUGGAUCAUCUGCGACUUUUGCGAGCUCGGCUUCAUCGGUAAACUUUUCAAGAGCACUGAUUUGGCUUGGUUGGUUGAAGUGUUUCUAAUUUUCUUCAAGGACCAGCCCUGUGACUGGCUGAUAAUGCGAGCUAUUCUGACCAAAGUUUGCAGAUUUGAUGAACCUAGUCAGAAAUGCACCGCGAGAAAAAAUCAAGUUUGGCUAUCACACUCCAAUUCAUUGUUCCAGCACAUCGGUGUCAUAUCAUCUUUGCCAGGGAAAAUUCAAAAACUGAAGUCGGAGCAUUUCGGGAAACUGCAACUGUUCAAGCCUCACAAAAAUCCAGAAGCUAACACUCAAACGUCCAUCAGCGAGAUCAUGGGCACCUAUCACACCAUCGAUGCGGCCUACAGGGGCCGAAAUUUCUUCUGGGGAAGGGAGCCCAAAAGCAAAGAUUACAUCUCCUUCCGGUUCAAAAGACCAAUCAAUUUGACUAGAUACUUUCUCCAAAGUGGCAAUUUGGAACAUCCAUCUGACCAGUUUUACGAAACUGACGUUGUGGUGUACCCGGAAAACGGAGCUGGUCCAAUUUCAAUCGGAUCCUUUGAUGGCGAGGGAAUUGCCUCUGGCCUGGUACCAAAUGAAGUGAAUCCAAUCACUGAAUUUAAAUUGGAGGUCAGGAAAAACAGUGAAAAUGACGUAAUUCUAAGCGAGAUUCUUCUUGAGACAGCAAGCUAAAUAAACAUAUGAAUUUGGCAAUGGUCCAUUAUUAUUGAAUAUUAGCACCAGACUUGAAUUCUUCGCGAGGAGCACAUCGAAAAAGGCAUAAAGAAUGGCAACAAAGCGCAGCAAGGACACCGAAAAUCAGAGAAUGUCAAAUAAGUGGCUCCUAAAUUUUGGAAUGAAAAAUGUAGAUCAUUCCUUUACCUAAAUUUAUAAUUCAAAAGAUGGGCGAAAGCAAGAGCUACAGGUCAUGCUAACCACACGAGAGAUCGCCAAACACUGCAAAAUGCAGGAAUCGCUUCAGAGACUUUAACGCAAGACAGAAAAAUAAGGCUACAGACAAAUGCAACUUGCUUGACGCAUGAGGCAAAUUUUUGCGACUGGAUUUGCUUGAUUUUUGGGUUAGAAGACUGUUGCAUUACUGUCGGAAUUUUGAGAAAUCAGAAUCUAGUAUCUAAUUUUCAACCAAAUACUGACGAAAACGAGCCAAAUCACGGAUUAUGCUCAAAUAAGCGCGUUAAUAAACUGGCCAACGUAACACGAUCUAAUCUACGAUACAAAAUAUUAUACAAAAAUGUACAAAAAUAUGUGAGCUUUUUAUACUUUACUCUGUCACCAUCACCUCACCACGGUUGUUGUUACUCAGUUGAUGUUAUUUUCACACAGAACACCGCCAUGUAAGAAAAGUUGGUUGAUUUUCGAGGUUUCUGGUGAAACCGUUUAUUCCCAUCCACUUUUUGACUCCCUUCCGGAGAUGGAAUGAGAAAUUUUGGAUUUGGUUCAGACACCAGUCGCUGAUGAGCUCAACAGACUAGUGGAUUGGAUUUUAAAAAAUGUUCUGCAUUAGGAUCGGCCGAAAAAGUCAACCAAUCCACUUGCGAAAAUUCGCCUAUGGAAACGUCAUCUUUGAAAAAUUUGCUCUCUCUAAACCACACCCAGAGAUUUUCAGAUUAGCGGAAAGCCUUUGCGCUCCACCUCUUCGAUCGGCGAAAAACUCGAUUCGAAUUGAGAACGACAGAUCAAAGUUGUAAAUGAGGCUACAUUGAAGGAAGAAAAAGAGCAUUUGGAAAAUGUUUUGAGAAAAACUGUACGAACCACGAGCAUUUAUGCUGAGCUUUGUGUAUUUAGACACAUUUUCAGACUUUUAGCCGCACGCGUGCAUACAAUACGAGACCUGUCCCAUCGCCCGAAAACGCGAUUUCAGCUCAAGUUUUUAAUCGAACUCCGAAACCUCGGAAAACCAAAAGUAUCCGACGGGCUAUUUACUAAGCUCAAAACAAAUCCUGAAGAUUGUUUUAAAUACUAGCCCCAUUUCCAUUGUAAGCAAAAGCGGCUGAGAAAAUCGAAAUAUUUUCCGAGAGGUGGCAAUUUUCAGCAAAUUGAAUUCUUAACUACGACUCGAUUUCGGAGCCUCAUAAAGCGCUACAUUCGAGGGGAAAGCCUCAUUUUGUGUUGUAUGUUGUAUUUUCUUACGUCGUCAUGCAUAAAUUCAAUUCAUGGAAAAUUACAAGGUAAAAUAAAAUGAAAUGAUUGUAAGAAACUCA